GAAGGAACAUAAUGUCCUAAAUUAAGAAAAAAUAUGUAAGCAUGCCAUUGGAGAUAUGAAAAGAACCACCAGCUCCAGAAUGGCAGAAGAUGAUUCAUAUCUGGGAAGGCCUGAACAAAUGUUUCAUUUGGAUCCUUUGAGUCAUACAAUAUUUAAUCCAGAAGUAUUUCAACCACAGAUGGCGCUGCCAACGGCAGAUGGCCCAUACCUUCAAAUAUUAGAGCAACCUAAACAGAGAGGAUUUCGUUUCCGUUACGUAUGUGAAGGCCCAUCCCAUGGUGGACUACCAGGUGCAUCUAGUGAAAAGAACAAGAAGUCCUACCCUCAGGUCAAAAUCUGCAAUUAUGUGGGACCAGCAAAGGUUAUUGUUCAGUUGGUCACAAAUGGAAAAAAUAUCCACCUGCAUGCCCACAGCCUGGUGGGGAAACACUGUGAGGAUGGGAUCUGCACUGUAACUGCUGGACCCAAGGACAUGGUGGUCGGCUUUGCAAACCUGGGUAUACUUCAUGUGACAAAGAAAAAAGUAUUUGAAACACUGGAAGCACGAAUGACAGAGGCGUGUAUAAGGGGCUAUAAUCCUGGACUCUUGGUGCACCCUGACCUUGCCUAUUUGCAAGUGGAAGGUGGAGGGGACCGGCAGCUCACAGAUCGGGAAAAGGAGGUCAUCCGCCAGGCAGCUCUUCAGCAGACAAAGGAAAUGGACCUCAGCGUGGUGCGGCUUAUGUUUACAGCUUUUCUUCCAGACAGCACUGGCAGCUUCACAAGGCGCCUAGAACCCGUAGUCUCAGAUGCCAUCUACGACAGCAAAGCUCCCAAUGCAUCCAACUUGAAAAUUGUAAGAAUGGACAGGACAGCUGGGUGUGUGACUGGAGGGGAAGAAAUUUAUCUUCUCUGUGACAAAGUUCAAAAAGAUGACAUCCAGAUUCGAUUUUAUGAGGAAGAGGAAAAUGGUGGAGUCUGGGAAGGAUUUGGAGAUUUUUCCCCCACAGACGUUCAUAGACAAUUUGCCAUUGUCUUCAAAACUCCAAAGUAUAAAGAUGUCAACAUUACAAAGCCAGCCUCUGUGUUCGUCCAACUUCGGAGGAAAUCUGAUUUGGAAACUAGUGAACCCAAACCUUUUCUCUACUACCCUGAAAUCAAAGAUAAAGAGGAAGUACAGAGGAAACGGCAGAAGCUCAUGCCCAAUUUUUCAGAUAGUUUCGGCGGUGGUAGUGGAGCCGGAGCUGGAGGCGGAGGCAUGUUUGGUAGUGGCGGUGGAGGAGGGGGCACUGGAAGUACAGGUCCAGGUUAUAGCUUCCCACCCUAUGGAUUUCCUACAUAUGGUGGAAUUACCUUCCAUCAUGGAGCCACUAAAUCUAAUGCUGGGAUGAAGCAUGGAACAAUAGACACUGAAUCUAAAAAUGAUUUUGAAGGUCAUGACAACAGUGAUAACAGAGAGGCUGUAAAUCUCUCUGGGAAAGUCACUGUAACCACAGAGCAAGAUAAGGAGUUCGGAGAGUCCCACGAUGGGAGCGAUGAGGUUACUCUAAUGUAUACAUUGGGAUCCAAGGAAGAGAAUGCUAUGUUUCAAGAUAACCUCUUUCUAGAAAAGGCUAUGCAGCUUGCCAAGAGGCAUGCCAAUGCCCUUUUUGACUAUGCGGUGACAGGAGAUGUGAAGAUGCUGCUGGCUGUCCAGCGCCAUCUCACUGCUGUACAGGAUGAAAAUGGGGACAGUGUCUUACACUUAGCAAUCAUCCACCUUCAUGCUCAGCUUGUGAGGGAUCUGCUAAAAGUCACAUCGGGUUUGAUUUCUGAUGACAUUAUCAACAUGAGAAAUGAUCUGUACCAGACGCCCUUGCACUUGGCAGUGAUCACUAAGCAGGAAGAUGUGGUGGAGGACUUGCUGAGGGCUGGUGCCGACCUGAGCCUUCUGGACCGCUUGGGUAACUCUGUUUUGCACCUAGCUGCCAAAGAAGGACAUGAUAAAAUUCUCAGUAUCCUACUGAAGCACAAAAUGGCAGCACUACUUAUUGACCAACCCAAUGGGGAAGGUCUGAAUGCCAUUCAUCUAGCCAUGAUGAGCAACAGCCUGCCAUGUCUGCUGCUGCUGUUAGCCGCCGGGGUGGACGUCAACGCUCAGGAGCAGAAGUCUGGACGCACAGCGCUGCACCUGGCUGUGGAGCACGACAACAUCUCCUUGGCGGGCUGCCUGCUCCUGGAGGGUGAUGCCCGUGUGGACAGUAUCACCUAUGAUGGAACUACACCUCUGCAUAUAGCAGCUGGGAGAGGGUCCACCAGGCUGGCAGCUCUUCUCAAAGCAGCAGGAGCAGAUCCCCUAGUAGAGAACUUUGAGCCUCUCUAUGACCUGGAUGACUCUUGGGAAAAUGCUGGAGAGGAUGAAGGAGUCGUGCCUGGCACCACACCUCUAGACAUGGCUGUCAACUGGCAGGUAUUUGACAUAUUAAAUGGGAAACCAUAUGAGCCAGAGUUUAUAUCUGAUGAUUCACUAGCACAAGGAGACAUGAAACAGCUGACUGAAGAUGCAAAGUUGCAGCUCUAUAAGUUGCUAGAAAUUCCUGAUCCAGACAAAAACUGGGCUACCCUGGCACAGAAAUUGGGUCUGGGGAUACUUAAUAAUGCCUUCCGACUGAGUCCUGCUCCUUCUAAGACGCUUAUGGACAACUAUGAGGUCUCUGGGGGGACAGUCAAAGAGCUGGUGGAGGCCCUGAGACAGAUGGGCUACACUGAAGCCAUUGAAGUGAUCCAGGCAGCCUCCAGCCCAGUGAAGACCACCUCGCAGGCCCACUCGCUGCCUCUCUCACCUGCCUCCACAAGGCAGAAAAUAGAUGAGCUCCGAGACAACGACAGCAUUUGUGACAGCGGCGUGGAGACAUCCUUCCGCAAACUCAGCUUCACAGAGUCUCUGACCAGCGGCAGCUCAUUGCUAACUCUUAACAAAAUGCCCCCCGAUUAUGGGCAGGAAGGCAAAAUUUAGCCUGCUGGCAGUUUGUGUAAACCAAAGCCCUAAACUUCCACUGCAUUGUCCAAAAGAAGGAAGCAAAGUGCAUCCAAAGGUGCUCAGAGGAGAGCCAGCCUGCCUGAAUCAUCAUCAAUUUAACUUAAGGCCUUUUAAACUUGGCUUCCUUUCUUGGUUCAUAAAUGAAUUUUAGCUUGGCUCACUUGCAGACGGUAUCUAGCAAUCACAGCACUGGACUGAGCUGAUGUAGGGUGGGGGGCGGCAGGGUUAAGUUGCUUACUGAGCUUUGCCGGAUUGCUGCUGGAUCACAGUUGCUUUCUGUUGUUGUUGCUGCUGUCCCUCUGCUGUGUUCUCACGAUCAUUAAGGGUAUCACUGUUCCUACCCAGUGUUUUUUUCUAGCACAAUUGUGCAUUCAGAUUAAGGAUUAAGAAAAGGGAUAUUUUAAAUCGAGACUAAUUUGGUGUGCAAUAAAAAAAAAGGCUUUUCGCUUUUUCUAUUGUGCUUAUCUCUGUGAUUUGAAAAAACAUGUAUUUGUCAAUAUUUAAACAUGGUUACAAUCAGUGCUGAAAAUGGUAUUUUCCCCUUUUUCUGCAUUUUGCUAUUGUAAAUAUGUUUUUUUAGAUGAAAUACUUUAAGAAAAAAAUGUUGGAUUUAUAAAUGCUAUUUUUUAUUUUACUUUUAUAAUAAAAGAAAAAGCAAAUUGAUGACCUCA